CAAAACCCAAUCUCUAAAAUGACAGCACCCAAAUCUCCAAUCUCCGGCCAACAGAUCUUCCUCCGUAAACCUCUACAGCCAAGAAACAACAUCUUAACCACUCCUCCGACUAUUAGCAGCAACCCAAAACCAGUAUGGAAUGAGUUCAUCUCAUUCCUUGAUUCAUCAAACAAGGAGAAUCAUUGUCAGCAACCCAUCAUCUAUAGCAAGCCAAUCGUCAUCGUUGAAUCUAUAGAUCCGUCACUUGGAGAGGAACUAAGUGCCAUCAAACAGAAACUUGAACGAAUCAAGUUGGAAAAAGAGAAAACAGAGAAGAUACUUAAGGAGAGAGAUUCUUUACUUGAUAUGAAGAUGAAGGAGUUGCAGAAUAGAGGUGAGAUGCAGAAGAUGCUUGAGAUUGAAGUUGAUAGAUUGUUUCGAUUAAAGGAACUACAAAUUUCUUGUAUGAGAAUAUCACCAAUUAGGUCUUUGAGAGAAAAGGAAGGACUAUGAUGAUGAUGAACAAGAACAAGUCUGAUGAACAAUCAUAUGAUUCUCCAAAUACCUGUUGUGAUUCCAAUUUCUGAAAUUAUUAAUACCCAGAAAUGAUUUCAUCUUCUUCUUUGGUGUGUUCAGUUCAACAAUCUCAAUUUAUUCUUUAUUUGAAAACACUUUACUUUC